AUGCCGCCCAAGAGAUCAUACAUUGGAAGCGUUGAUCCCAGAGCGAAGCGAAUGAGAGAGACGAGGGAAGCGGAAACCCCCGACCAGCGUGCAAGGCGCCUCGAAAAUGAACGUGUGAGAAUGUCUGAGGCACGGGCGUCCGAAACAACGGAAGAAUAUGAGGCGCGGCUUGAAGAAAAUCGUCGGAGAAACGCAGAACUAAGGGCUGCCGAGACACCUGAGCAACGUCGGGCAAGACUUGAAGAUAUUCGCCUGCGCGUCGCGGAACUAACAGCUGCGGAAACACCUGAGCAGCAUCAAGAAAGACUCGAACAGAACCGUAUACGAAUAGCGAACAUAAGAGCCUCAGAGACCCCUGAGGAUCGUCAGGGCAAAAAUGAAGAAAAUCGUCAACGAGUUGCUGCGUCUCGAGCCACAGAAACGCCGGAACAACGUCAGACAAGACUAGACGUUAAUUCUUCCAGACAAAGACAGCGCUUUAAAUUGAAGUGUAAGAAAAAUAAAGAAAUGUGCAACAACAUUGAAGAAAGAAAAAGAACAUUCUUGAACAUCUUUUUAUUUAGAGCUGACAAAAUGGCGAAGAAUAUGGAGAACACCAGUUAUCGCAAAAUAGAGGUAGAUGCGUAUGAUCCAGAGAAUUACGACGAAAACGAGGAUGCUGGAGAAACUCUUGGACUUGGCCCAAACGAGCGCACAGUCACUUCCUUUCUGCAAGCCAACAGAUUCGAGAAUGCUUUGCAUGCAGCACUUCUGAAUCCUCCGCUUUAA